CACAGACACUCUCCCUCUCUGUCUGUCUGCCUGUCUGCCUCUCUGCGUCACUUGUCGACGCAGCAACCACCAACCACCCCCCUGAGUGAGUGAGUGAGACAGCCCAUAUGCUCGCCUGCCUCACUGCCUGCCUUCAGGUCCAUGCUUCAUCCGGAGGUAGGUAGGUAGGUAGCCACACAUCCAUGGAUAAAUGUCAGUCAACCAGGGUCAGGGGCACUCAUGGAUGGAUGGAGGGAGGGAUGGAUGUGUCAGACAGUGUCUAGGUACUCGAGGUACCACACACGCCCGCAAGCACACACGCACCAGUGAGGACCAUCACCACCACCACCACCGGCAGCAGCAGCAGCAGCAGACAACGGCAGGAAGACGCAACGCACGAGUGCGAGUGACAGCCACCAGGGGAAUUGCCUCCCCUCCCUCACAAGCACACGCUCGCACACUCAUGCAUGGACGGCGAAUGAAUGUCUAUGUCGCUACGCUACGCUACGCUACCAGCCAGUCAGUCGGCAUCAAGGAAUGCAAUGCCCCCUCUCUCCCUUGCUACCUGAGAAGGUGUGACGCCCACCCACGCUCUGGACAUAGAUCGGGAGAGAGAGGGAGAGAGGGAGGGAGGGACUGGCCAGGCCACUAGUGACGCGCACACACACGGGAAGACAGAUAAAGGGGCCGUUAGAGAGGGGGGGAGGGAGUGGGGUUAGAGAGAGAGAAGAACCGAGGAUCGUCUCGUCUCGCCGGUCGGUCAUUGUAUACAGCAGCCACACCCUGGUUGAGUUGAUUGAAGCAUGGACAUCACAACACACACACAAGGGGACAAGGGGACAGAGAGGAGAGCAAGAGAUAAUUUCAUGCAUGCAGACAGGCAUUCGUGGGGGGAUAUAACGGCUUCUCUCUGGCUCAUUCGCUCAUUCGCGCUCUCUCUCUCUCUCUCUUGCUCACUUGGCUGGAAAUACAUCUCUUGGUUGUAUUCCUGAGCGACCAAACACACAACCACAGACAGACAGACAGACAGACAGACACACACAAACAGACGCAUGCAGUCAUCCGUCCGUCCGUCCGUCAGUGUCCGUCAGUCACUGUCAGCUGACUGACCUUGAACGACUCCACUUCAUGGAUCUCGGCCACCUUGCAGUCCUGCUUGACCUCGUCCACAAAGGCGAUUGAGUGCUUCUUGCUCCCCCGCGAGAUCGGCUGCCCCCUGGCGUCACGCCGCAUCUUCUCGCUGUAGGUCGGGCUGAUGGCCUCCAUCGACGGCAUCACACUCACCGACGUCACCAGACCGUGGUGGCCGUUCUCCUUCCACAGCUGCGGGUGGUGGCCGUUGCUCGGGUGGUGGUGCGCGUGUGUGAGGUCUGUCCACUCCUGCGGGCUGUCGGCGGUGUCGCCACUGACGGGGGCGGGGGGAGGCUGGGGCUGUGGGGAGGGGUUAUUGUUGUCGUCAGUGGUGCGGAGCGGCCGAAUGACGCCCAACUUGGAGGGCGAUGUGGCCUCUUCUGGGCUGGGAGGCGCCACGGGGUGGUCUUCUGUCGUGUGGCUGCUGCUGCUCUGGCUGCUGCUUGGAUGUUGGGGAGGGUGGUGGGGAUUGUGGCCAUUGCUCGCGUGUGAGUGUUGAGCGUCGGUCCCAUUGCUGGUGCUGAUGCUGCUGCUCCCGUUGGUCUCGGCCAUCGCUGGCUGAGCGUCGGUCGUCGAUAGUAGGCUGGCUCAGCUCAAGGCUCAGCUGGGGGUCAAUCGAUUCACAGCCGCCACGAGACUCUCCCAGUG